AUGGUGCCAGGCGGCGUAUUGACUGCAAGCGUGCCUCAACUGUUCCAAAUCCCCCAGCAAGGUGCGGCACCGAUCGUCGCCCAAAGCAUGCCUUCUUCCGCAGUUUCAUCUCUGGGCGCUUCCGCGGUGGUCGCUGAAUCGCCUGCGAAAGCCGUUCCUGGCGAGCCUCGCGUCCCUGCAGGGGUCGUCCAAGCAGCGUCUACUGUGGCGAAAGCAGAUCGCAAGGAGGCAGAGGCGAAGCCUCAAGAGGCCAAAAGCAAGACGGUUGGGUCACUGCUGUCGGCCUACGAUGACGAUGCGGACAGCGACGAGGGAGCUACGGAGGCCCUAAACCCCAAACCCUAA